AUGAAGCCCGCGUCCAGGCAGGCCCUCUGCCACGUGGCCGUGGCCACCUGCCUCUGCGUGGCCACCGUCUACACGGGUGUUUUUGAAAGCGUCUUUGUGGAAGUAGGCUACGAGCACUAUGCAGAAGCCCCGGUAGCCGGCCUCCCUGCCUUCUUAGCCAUGCCCUUCAAUUCGCUCAUCAACGUGGCCUACGUGCUCCUGGGGGUGCACUGGCUGCAGAGAGAUGUCAGUGCCCAGGGGCACCCCGGUGAGGCGCAGCGAGCUCGGUACCUGAAGGAUGUCUUUGCGGGCAUGGCUAUGGUGUACGGCCCCGUGCAGUGGCUGCGGAUCGGGCUGCAGACGCGCCCGGCUGCUGUGCUGGACCAGUGGUUCACCUUGCCCAUCUUCGCGUGGCCCGUGGCCUGGUGCCUCUACCUGGACCGGGGCUGGGAGCCCGGCCUGCUCCUUGCCAUCGAGUGCCUCUCGCUGUCCAGUUACAGCCUUUCCCUGCUGCAUCCCCAGGGGUUUGAGGUCGCCCUGGGCGUGCACAUCGUUGCCGCCGUGAGCCAGGCCCUGCGUGUCCACAGGCGCCACGGCAGCACGUGCUCGGGGGUGUACCUGCUCCUGGGGGUGCUCUCCUGCCUGGGCUUUGUGGUCCUCAAGCUGUGUGACCACCAGCUGGCCCAGUGGUAUCUCUUCCAGCGGCUCACAGGCCAUUUCUGGUCCAAAGUCUGUGAUGUGCUUCAGUUCCACUUUGCAUUCUUAUUUCUGACAAAUCUCGACACCUGCCAGCGACUCCCUCCUAAGGGGAAGAUGCAGUAA